GCCAGUGGGACUCUGACCUUUGAGACUGGGGACACCAGACAGUGCUACCCAGUCCAGAUAGUGGACGAUGAGUUCUGUGAUCCUGGACUGUUUCUGACAAACAUUGCUCUCAUCACUGGAGAGCCCGUGAUUACUGUUGAGCCCAGCAUGGCUGAAAUUAACAUCAUGGACCCUGACUGCGAUGGACUGGUUAAUGAUACUCUGACUGGAGAUCCCCUGAUGACUGUUCCCUUCCACGACCCAACUGCUGCUGCAAACCAAACCAAUGCCCAGCCCCCACCCUCGCUCUGCUACGAGGUC